UGUGUGUGUGUGUGUAGGGUCGCAUCCCUGAAGAUAUACUGUAGUGUCCUUUAGAUGAUGAUCAUAAUAAUAAUAAUAAUAAUAAUGAUGAUGAUCGGAUAUCCGAGAUCUGGGAGCAGAUGCGCUGUUUAUGCGCAUUUCAGUACUUUUGCUGUUGUACAGUUCCUUUUUAACACGUGUCUCGUCUCGGCGGUGGUUUUAAAGUCGGUAAAUAUAGACCUGGAGCUUUCUCGUGUAGCCAGAAGAGUGGACGAAAGGUUUCUGUCUGUGACUAUAGAUGCAAGUCUGAUAGCGAAGGAGAAGUUCAUGUAUCUUCUGGGGUCUCCCAAACUGAGGAUCCUCACUAAAGCUUUGACGCCUGCAUUUUUGCGCUUUGGAGGGACUCAACAAGAUUUUAUGAAAUUUAAACCACAGAGUAAAUAUUACAUAACGAAAAGCUACAGUGGAGAUUCUCAUCCUCAUGCAGGACCUCUGUGUAGUAAAUUUGAGCUGCCACCAGUGCUGGAGGAAGAGCUGAAGCAAGGCUGGGCCAUACAGGCAUUGCUCUUACGCCAUGAGGAUGCACAGGGAAAAUGCAAGCAAGUGACAUUUUCUGAAUAUGCAGUGGAUCUGCUUUACUCAUUUGUGAACUGCUCAGGAUUGGAGUUGAUUUUUGGCUUAAAUGCGCUGCUACGAACUCCUGAGAAUGCCUGGGACAGUCAGAACGCUGAGCUGCUGCUGAACUACUGUGAGCGGCAGCAGUACAGGAUGUCCUGGGAGCUGGGCAAUGAACCCAACAGUUACGAGAAGAAGGCGGAGAUCAGGGUGAAUGGUUCCCAGCUGGGAGAAGAUUUCCUCCAUCUUCGUAAGAUCCUGCAGAAAUCAGAACUGUACAGUUCUUCAGAUCUGUACGGACCCGAUAUCGGUCAGCCACGAGACCACGGCAAAUACCUCCUCACUGGGUUUUUAGAGACUGGAGCUCAAGCCAUUGAUGCAUGUACCUGGCACCAUUAUUAUAUCAGUGGCAGAGAUGCAUCCUUGGAGGAGUUCCUUGAUCCCAAAGUGCUUGAUAUGCUGGCUGUUAAAGCAGACGAGGUCCUCAAGAUUGUUCAUUCACUGUCUCCUGGGAAGAAAGUGUGGCUUGGAGAGACGAGCUCAGCAUAUGGCGGGGGCGCAGUCAGUCUCUCAGACACUUUUGUUGCUGGUUUUAUGUGGUUGGACAAACUCGGACUUGCAGCUAAGCUGGGGUUGGACGUGGUCAUGCGACAGGUGUUAAUUGGCUCGGGGACAUACCAUCUUGUGGAUAAUAAUCUCGAUCCACUUCCGGAUUAUUGGCUGUCGCUUUUGUAUAAGAGACUUGUAGGACCUGAAGUACUGAAAAUACAAGUUCUGUCAAGUACAGGAAGGCAGAUGCAGAACUCUGUAAAGGCAGAACUGUUACGGGUGUAUCUCCAUUGCACUAACAAAAAAAGUUCUAGUUACAGAAAAGGUGCAGUCACUUUGUUUGCCCUAAACCUGAGCAAGAAGCAAGUGUUGAUCAAGCUACCGGCGCUCGUCUCCAACAGCACUGUCGAAGCGUUUGUGCUUCAGUCGGCUGAGCCAGGGAAAGAAGGGCUCCAAUCCAGAUCUGUCAGGCUGAAUGGUGAUGUGCUGAAGAUGGUGGAUGAGAGGACUCUUCCACCUCUUGAGGGAGCUGAACUUCCUCCUGGAGAACAUAUCAAACUUCCUGCACUGUCCUUUGCUUUCUACGUUCUGAAACAAGCUGCUGCUCCCGUGUGCUGAAGACAUCAGAGUGAUGAUUUUAUCCUGAAUGUUGUUCAAGGGAGAACUUUGACUCUGAACACUGAGCUCUAAACAUUUAUUUAUUAUAAGUGUUUACAUGUUACAUUUGAAUCAUUAGCUACUGCUUUCUUAGCUACCCUACGUACAGCACUUUGGUCAGUGAAAACUAUUUUAAAUGUGUUUUAUAAAUUAAAUUUACUUACUUACUUGCUGGCAGCUUCCAUAAGUCAGCACAGUGCAUAAAACCAAGUUGGUUGUGGUCAAGAGCUUCAGUUAAUGUUCACAUCCAACAUCAGAAUGGAGGAAAAAUGUGAUCUCAGUGACUUUGAUCAUGGCAUAGUUUUUGGUGUCAGAAGGACUGGUUUCUCCUCGGAUUUUCAUGCACAAUAAUCUCAAGUUUACUCAGACUGGUGCAAAAAAAAAAACAAGCCUGAGCAUGAGGGAGGUCAAAGGGGAAUGACUAGACUGUUGGACAGGAAGGGUACAGUAACGGGAACUCUGUAACUCUGCUGACCGGAAGGCUAUAGUGACUGAUAUAACCACUCUAUGCAAUUGUGAACAGAAAAGCAUUUCACAACACUUCAAACCUUGAAGCAGAUGGGCAACAACAGCAGAAGACCACAUCAGAGUCCUGUCAGCCAAGGACAAGAAUCUGAAGCAACAGUGGGCAAAGGCUGUACAAAACCGGACAGAUUGAAAAAAGACCAGGCAACGUUUUAACUUAAAGUUGAUGUCUUCGACUUGAAGAAAACAAUCUCUGCAUCAUUACAUCACCAGCAGCAGCAGCCUGAAGUGUUGAUAGAGGGCAGGUUGGGUCCAUGGAUUAAUUCUGUCAAUGCCAAAUUCUGACUCUUUUACAUUUCAUGGCAGAAUUCAAGGUUCAUAAGACCAGGAAACGGGUGAAUUUUACAGUCUUCAACUGUCUAUUUUCUGUGUGCUUCCAUUAUCAAAUAUGAGUCAAUCAUAUAUUUAUAUUUAUACAACAUACAGGCAUGCCUUUCAGCAACAGUUUACUGGGGAAGGGUUGGGAUGUGUCAAAGUUGCAUAUUCAAAUAAUUAUUUUUUGAAACUAGUAAAAGUGGGCGGCACGGUGGUGUAGUGGUUAGCGCUGUCGCCUCACAGCAAGAAGGUCCGGGUUUGAGCCCCGUGGCCGGCAAGGGCGUUUCUGUGCGGAGUUUGCAUGUUCUCCCCGUGUCCGCGUGGGUUUCCUCCGGGUGCUCCGGUUUCCCCCACAGUCCAAAGACAUGCAGGUUAGG